AUGGCAGGCUCAACGGUGGGGUCGUCAGAGUUACUGGCCGAGAAAAAUGAUCCGAGUCUGGACCAGCGGGUCAGCAUUGCUUUCAUUGUGAUUGACACAUUUUUCAUGCUGGUUUUCUACGUGAGCCGGUAUUUCAAUCCCAAGGCCGUGGGAGUGCCCAUGCUGAUGUGCAAUACGAUGUGCUAUGUGUUUUGUAUGGGGAGUGCGACAACGGGAAUCUUAAUGGUUAAAAUAGGCGGCGUAGGGUCCCACGUCAAUGCCAUCCCUGUGAGCAUCUUUCAGACCUGGCUGCAAUUAUCCAAAGUCCUCGAAUUCACCUACACACUUGCCGUCAUGUUUGCCAAGCUUGCCACUCUAUUUCUCUACUAUCAAGUCUUCGAAGUCUCCCGUUAUCGUCGCGUCAUCGCCGGCAUUGGCGUGAUUAUCAUCCUUCAAGGCUUGAUUUCUAUCAUCUUAGCGUUUUCGAUUUGCCGGCCUUUCAGGUACUUCUGGACCCAGGCAGCUGAUGUCAACGAUGGAACUUGUGGAGACGUCAUGCUUUUUUAUAAGAGCUAUAGCAUUCCGAGUCUUGUUACGGAUGUGAUGAUACUGGUGCUCCCGUGGCCAAUUGUUCUCAAAUUACAAAUGCAUACCUCGGAAAAAAUCGGCCUGAUAUUUACUUUUCUGGCUGCUUCGCUGGGAAUAAUAACAUGCGCACUUCGCUUCUCCGUGUUCUUCACCGUCCCACUCUUCUCGGACCCAACAUGGCACGCCUCAGGAGGUCCCAUGAUAUAUGCCCUCGUCGAACCCUCCAUCUACAUGAUAGCUAGCAUACUGCCCACCACGCGGCAUCUUUACCGGCGAAUCUGCAGUAAAGUGAGACAAGCUGCGCGGCUGCAGAGGGAGAGUAACAACAAUAGCCCGGAGAGAAGCGGCAGUCUUUCUCAGUCGGCAGAACCCCCGCAUAUCAAGAACAGCGACAAAAGUAGCCGCAGAAUCACAGCACGUAUGGAUAUCUGGCAGGAAAAUACAAAUUCAAGUGACGAGGAACUGACACUGGGGAGAGUGGGAUCAGAAUCCGCAGGAAUGGAUUGA